GCAGUGAAGCCGGAAGGCACGGCCUCCAUUGUUGACCUCCAGAUCGAGCUGACUGCUGCGAUUCCACAGAGAAGGGAAAGUGGCGACUUCCGGUGUCGUUGUGAACGGAUAAAUGGAUACAGUUGGAAUUUUGGUAUGCUACAAUGGAAGUUGGGUUAAGAAGGAUAACAUUGAGAGUUAUGAAGGUGGGGAGGCUAAAGGCAUAAUAGUGUCACGGAACGUAACGUUUUCCGAACUUGUUGAACGCAUUUAUAAGAUCAUGGAUGCAGAGCCCACGAAAUAUAGUGUCACAUUGAAGUAUUCAGUUCCUGUAUCCGCAUCUGUCAGUAAGCAGAUAAGGGUUGAAGACAAUGAUGAUGUUCAAUAUUUUCUCAAGUACAACACAGAUGUUAUGGCCUCUAAAGUAACCCCUUUAGUAGCAAGCUUGAAAAAUAUCGAAGGUCAUGGUAUUGAAGGGUGCAAUGGCAUUGUAAGCGUGGAGAGUAGCAAUGCUCCUGCUACCUUUGUUGUGGAACGAAGAAAUGUGGCAAUUUCGCACAAUGAAACUGAAAAUGGUGGGAAUGGUUUUAAUUGGAGUGAUUGGGUUGAAGAAGUUCAUUUUGAAAGCGGUGAAAACAUAGUUGCUGAUUUCAAUCAACCUAGCAAUGAAGAGGAACCGUACUCUGCACCAAUUGUGCAUCCUCAUGAGGACAGCAGUGCGGAACCCUCCACUGUGCAGUGUAGACAGGUGCAAUCUGAACCUCCCCGGCAAUCAAGUUCGAGUGAAAUGCAUACAAUUCGGGUUGAUUCGAAGCAUGGUGAGAGUGUGGAAUAUAUUGGUUAUGGUGGAGGACUUUCGUGCAUAAAUUGGGAAGCAAAUUUGAAGGUUGGCCGAGUUUAUCCAAAUAAGAUUGCCCUUUUAAAAACCAUCAGUUUAGCAGCAAUUAGAGGCCACUUUCGGUUCAGAACAGUCCAAUCUGGGAAGCGUCGGUUUUGUGUUCGCUGUUGGCAGGUGCCUUGCCCUUGGAAACUUCGGGCAUAUAAAGUUGGAUUACAUGAGUUUAAGGUUGUUAAAUACGAUCCACUUCAUGAAUGUGAUCUGAGGUUUGUAAGUAGUCACCAUCCUCAAGCUACGGCCGAAUUGGUGUCUGACUGUGUUAAAUGGAGAUUUCAGGAUUCGCGCAGCAUUUAUACUGCAGCUGAUAUAAAGACAGAUGUGAAAAAAAAAAUUUGGUGUCAGCAUAAGCUACUCUACAGCUUGGAGAAGCCGAGAGUUAGCUUUCAAAACAAUGAGAGGGUCUGCAGAAGAGUCGUAUUCCCUUCUCCCUUCCUAUUGUUAUGA